GCCGGUUCUCUUUAGCUUGUGAAAGUAGUUAUCUGUAGAUUGUGAAAAUUUAGCCACCUUUGGAUGGUAAAAGGAUAAUUAUCUUUGGUUUGUGAUAGGAUAUUUAUCUUUGCAUUGUGAAAAAAGUCCUCUUUAGAUAGGGAAAAGAUAGCCUUCUAUGAAUUGUGCAAGCGACACCCGCUUGUUACAAACCAAUAUUUGAGCAACUCAUUAUGUAUGCAUGGAGUCAAGCUAGCAACGGUGUUAUAUAAAACCAUGAACAAACAGGUGAAUGUCUAGGUCUGUCGUUAAACCUGAGCAAACAUUUCAACUCGGGUAGGUCCGUAUAUAUACACUAUGCACACUAUAUUAAGGUAUGUAAGUAUGUAUACUUUACUUGAUAUUUAAAAUUUAUCAAAAGAUUUUUUAUUUCGAAUAGACUAAUGAUUAAAUACUUUGAUCUAGACAGAUUCUAUUCAUCUUUGGGUAUUUGAUGUUGUCCUAUGUCGUUUUUAUGAACCAACACAUUAUCAAAAUCCGGGUAAGAUAAUAAUCAUUGUUUUGUAAACAACUAUUCAAAAUCAUUUUAGGUGGAUUUACUAGAAUGGCACACCAUCGGAGGAUAUUCCUAGCAACCAUGCUAUUUAUCUCGCUAAGAAUCACUGCAUCCUCGGAACAUGUAUCCACGCCUGAAACAUCGACGCUAGACAGUUUCAGCAGUGUGACUGUCGACACAGUCAUCGAUCACAUAUUUCAGAAAUAUUCUACAGACUAUGCUCUGUCUUUCGAAGGAUAUGAACAUUUAUUGGAAAGCUUGAGCUUAGGUAUGAUAUAUAUAGAUCACAGUUGGGAGGCACAUAUUCGUAAUCCAUCGGGAAAAUUCGUGGAUUAUCAUGGGGAUCACAUCCAUCCUUUAAAUGAGCACCCGGAAUUAUCCAAACAAAGGCACGUUCAUGAACAUGAGCACACUCACAAACGCACAGAUGACCGCGAUCACACCCAAGAUUACGACUGCAAAGAGAAACAAACAAAUGGCCCUGAUCACAAACAAGGCCGUGUUAUCAAAGAUAAACACACAUAUGACCUAGAUCAUACACAAGACCACAGUACCAAAGACAAACACACAGCGGAUCACGAUCAGCCACAACUUCACGAUCACAACAAAAACGAUAACCACACAGACAGCCAUGACAAACAAAAUGAUCACAGUAAAACUGACGAUCAGGAUUUCAAAGAAACCCACAACCAUACACAUGAAACCGAUAACCUGGGAAAUGGUAGCAUACAUGAUGAAAGCUCGACUUCUAAUUCCUCGAAAAAAAAUGACUUCUUCCGUGGCAACCGUACAGAAAGAAAUGUAGGCCAACAACCUGCAGGAUUUUUGCCAGAAAGAUUGUUCAACACAUGUUUGAAGCCAGCGGAUUUACUGCAGCUUUUGAGCUUUACUGACCAAAGAUUAACAAAGACCCAAUUCAGAGAGUUGUGUCCGCUACUCAUUGUACAGUUAGAUGAACACCAUUGUGACCAAUUACGAUACAAAAUCCAUGCGCGCGCAGACAAGCACGGACAGACGGAAAAUUCACCUGACACCUCGAUAACACCCGAAACAUGGUUAUAUGCCUGUGGAGCUAUUGUUGUCAUCAGUUUCUCAGGCCUGAUUUGUGUUGUCCUCCUCUCUCUCUUACAUCACAUGUUUGUCGAAAACUUCCUCCACUUCCUUGUGGCAAUGGCGGUAGGAGCUUUGACUGGGGACGCCAUGCUUCACCUGCUGCCUCACGCGAUGUCCUCACCUGACAACCACGCUCAUGGUACCGCAACUACUCACGAUAUGGAUGGUGUCUACAAGGGUUUGUCAGGUCUGGCAGUUUUCUAUUUCUUUUUUCUAUUCGGGAGGAUACAGAACAUAGCAAGUAGUAAGAAGCUGGAGAAAAAGCAGAGAAAGAUUGAUGACUCUGAUUCAGUUGGUAUGACAAUGGUGAUCCGGUUACCAGAUGAGGAUGAUAACAUGAUACUAGAGAGAGUAUUGACUAAGUCCGGGGAAUCUGACACGCAUAAAGAACACCAAGGUCAUUCUCAAGGUCAUUCUCAUGGUCAUUCCCAUGGCCACGACGAGCUGCCAGGUGCCACUGGAGCCAUGGUGUGGCGUGUGAUUGUAGGGGAUGGGAUCCACAAUUUCAGUGACGGCCUAGCUAUCGGAGUGGCGUUCGCAGUCAGUGUUACUAGUGGUCUAAGUACAUCAAUAGCAGUGCUGUGCCAUGAACUGCCUCAUGAAAUCGGUGACUUCGCCGUUCUCCUCAAGAAAGGGAUGUCGAUCAAACAAGCGCUGGGAUUCAAUUGUUUGUCGUCUGCUCUGUCACUGAUUGGUGUUUUGGCUGGGGUUGCCAUGGGCAACUUCACAGAAAUCAAAGUCUACAUCCUGGUCUGUGUGGCGGGGAUGUUUAUCUAUAUUUCACUUGUUGAUAUGCUUCCGGAAAUUAGUAGCAAUCCUACAAAGAAUCCCGUGCGCCAUCUUGUCUUCACUAUGCUGGGAAUCUGUGUUGGCUCGGGGAUCAUGCUCACCAUUGCGCUAAAGGAGGACGAACUGAAGCAACUCACCACAUAAUCAAUUACACAAUUUAUUCUGCUUACCAAGUGAUCACUGAUUUAAUAAAGUCCGUACAUUAUUUCAUUCAGACAAUCAAAUAAGCUCACCCGGUGAUAGAUGAGACAAUUCAAUGAGCUUACCACGUGAUCAAUGAGACUGUUUAAUGAACUCGCUAUUUGGUUCAGUAAUCAAUAUAAUGAGCUCAGAAUGUGAUUAAUGUGACAAUUUAAUGAACUCACUACGUGAUUAAUGAGACAAUAUAAUGGACUCACCACGAGAUCAAUGAACCAAAUUAAUGAACUCACCACGUGAUUAAUGAGACAAUUUAAUGGACCCACCACGUGAUCAAUGAACCAAAUUAAUUAACUCACCACGUGAUUAAUGAGACAAUUUAAUGGACUUACCACGUUAUCAGUGAACCAAAUUAAUGAACUCGCUACGUGAUUAAUGAGACAAUUUAAUGGACUCACCACGUGAUUAAUGAGAUAACUAAUAAUCGAACUCACGCCGUGAUCAAUAGAUAAUUUAAUUAACUGUCAUCCUGUGAUCAAUUAAUCAAUUUAAUGUGUAAAAUUAAAUUGUAUUGAAUGGGUCAACAUCCUUAGGCUCACCACAUAAUAUUGUUUAUAGUCUAAGGUAUCAAAUGUAAUGAGUAAUGAAAGGCGUUUAAGGAAAUAUUAUUACAUGUACAAAUGCAUACUGUUUCACGAAAACAUACUUGAACUGUCUUCGUCUGGCUUAGUUUUUGGUAUUAACCAGUCGUCCAUUAUCCUUGACGUAAUAAAGAGGGACGAGUAUCCUUCAAGGCUCGCAAAAAUAAACAUUUCUUCUACUCGUCUCAUAGAAUUUGAUAUGAAAUUCAAUUUCAAUUUCUUUAUUAACUGUGGGCCAUAUUGCCCAUUGGUACAUAUUAUAUACACAUACAAUCGUAAUAUGUAAACCCAUUUAAGAUCCUUCAUAUCUGCAAUACAAAAUAACUACUGAAAAAUAACGAAUUUUGAUAUUUAUGGUAAGCUCCUGGAUCAUGCUGUACUAUUUAUAGAUUACAAUAUGUCAAUCAAUGCGGUAUUUGACAUAAUAUACUCUCGGUAAGUUUUUUAUAUAUAAAGACAUUUCUCACAGUUGUUUCCUUCAAUAAUAUUCAGCAGUGUGGGUCUCUGUUCGAGUGACAUGAAAAUAAUAUUUUCGUCACGUCGUUGUACAGGUAAACAGUAGAAAUCGCUCACUCAGUCAUGACUUGACAAAGUGACCAGUCGGUCUUAAAACACGUUGUUUGUGUAGAAAGUAACAUUCAUUUCGGUAUAUCGCACAAUUGUUUUAUUAAAAGCGUUCUCGAAUUUAAAUAAAACUUUAAACCACUA